AUUAUAUCAAAGCAGAAGAGCCCGAGCCCGAUUACGAUCGAGGACAGCAAGAAGAGCAAGGAUAUUCUGACUUUGUUCACCCUAGCCACGGAGCAACAGCGGAUUUACUUGCUAUUCAAGAUCAACAUGACCAGAAUUCUAGUGAAAAUCACGGUGGUCUUCACUACAACAACCAGAGUGCACCUAGUACAUGGGGAUUUCGAGGAGCAAUCAGUAGAGGAAGUGCUUCACGUGCUCGUGGUGGAAACAGCCAUCAUUACGCUUACGCUGCUCGUGGUGGAGCGAACUAUUCGUC